AUGGGAUGCGCGGACGGUUAUCUUAUCAUUGAUCGUAUGUUAGAUUUCUCGGAACUUGUUGAUAGGGUAUUAAGUGUGAUCGGAGUUGAUAGAGAAGGGCUUUAUAUUGAUUUUUCUUUGGUAUGGACGGAGAGGUCAGGAAAAAGGUCUCGUGUGCACAUUAAUGAUGAUAAUACUGUUCGGUUCAUUUAUCUUUGUGCUGAUAAAUGGCCAGAAUUGUACCCUGAAAAAGUUGAGAGAACAGGCCAUGUUUAUGCAAGUACAUCUGGCCAGGAUAUUGGUGCCAGCACUAGUGGUGGUAGAACAGUUGAAGACAAUGAAGAUGGAGAUGAAGAUGGAGAUGAAGAUAAAGAUGAAGAUAAAGAUGAAGAUAAAGAUGAAGAUGCAGAUGAAGAUGAAGAUGUCGGGGGUGUCGAAAGCAGUGAUGAUGAGUACGUCCCAUCGGAUGAGGACUCAGAUGACGACACUGAUUUUGAGUCAUUUUUUUCAGUCCCAUAUGUUUUCGACGACAUAAGUGGAUGGGACAAGACUUUAGAGGAAGUAGAAAACGAUGGAAUUAAAAUGUGGGAUGGCAAUCCGUUGACGCUAGGCCUUGAUAUACAUUUCGCCAACAAGCCUGAGGCACAAGCGGCAGUGGGAGAAUGGAACUUGGUACAUGGUCGGACUUUCCGAGUGAAAACGAGCUCUAAACGAACAUGGUAUGUCGAAUGCGAGACGUGUGGACCUAAAUAUCCGAAAGAGCGCCUUCACGGCUAUGAUUGUCUGUGGAAGGCGCGAGUUUCGCUACAGAAGGCCACCGAUACUUGGAAAAUGGUGGUAUGGUCCGAUUCCCACAACUGUCUUGGGGCAAACAAGAGAAACGAGUCCCGAAAUGUCACGUCUUCUAUGAUUGCUAGACUGGUUGCCCAAAAUGUGCGAAAACAUCCAGAUUUUGCAGUUGCCCAAAUUCAAAUAGAAGUGAGAAGAGUUACCAAGUCGAAUGUAGCUACAAGAAGGCAUGGCAUGGUAGAAGAAAAGCACUUGAGGCUCUAUCCGGAGUAUCUCUUGUGGUACCAUCAGGUUACUGUGAAGUAUGUUACGGAUCCGACGGACUCUGAAAAUGCGAGGGGUUUUCACGGUUCUGCAGAGACCUUGCGCCUCAUGGCCACAUUGAUGGAGGACGUUCGUAGUCUGAGUAUUAUAGGCCAGCGUACUUUCGACGCGGACUCCUUUGGUUAUGAUCGCUUAGGCGAGAUUGCCCAGGUUGCUGAGCGGGCGUUGUCCGUCAAUGCAACAAAUGUUGUACGGCACGAUCUCGAUAGGCAUGUUGAGGUUCAUGACAUUUUGAGUCAAGAACUUGCACCUGUAGACCCGACCCAGCAACAUCCACCACCCAGACCUCCGAGGCGUUCGCGCAGGUCUCAGCGUGGGCGUGGGGGGCAAGAGACAAUCACAACAUCUCAGCCACAUCAGUCCUCCCAGCAUGAGCAGUCUCAUAUUCCCUUCACUGGCGGUUCAUCGCAUCAGUCUCCACAUCAGUCUCCACUCCAUUCUCGACAGCAUUCAGCCCAUCAGUCUCCACAUCAUUCAUCCCAUCAGUCUCCACAUCAUUCUUCGCCGACCCAUCAGCGUUUUACCAGUUCGCUAGAUGGCCAGUCGAUACAUUACACGAGUAACUUUCUUUCGAGUAUGUUCGAGGGUGUUGCGGGUCAGCAUCAGGCUGAUAACCCAGCUGAGGGUGAGCGUGAGAGUCAGGGGAUCGAGUCAGACUCUAGGGAUCCACCGUUGGCUAUGAGUAAAGGCCAGAGAGUGACGAAGGAGCCCGAUAGAUUGACUUAUAGCCUUUUUCGGGCUAAAAAGCCCAAGAAGAAGUAG